ACAAGAAACCAACUUGCCAGCUGAAAGAACGCAGCCUCACACAGUUACAGAACAAACAGAGCACAGCUUGUCCACGAGAAGUACGAGCUGAAGACAGAAUGGUCAACACGACCGAGGGCGGCACGCAGCGAUCUCAUGUCAGAGAGGAGUCUUUGCCGUGGAAGCUGUGCAUGGGAUGUGGCGGAAAGAUAGUGGAUCGUUUCCUCCUCUUUGCCAUGGAGGGCUACUGGCACAGUCGCUGCCUCAAGUGUUCCUGCUGCCAGGCCCAGCUGGCAGAAAUUGCCACCACGUGCUUCACAAAGAGCGGCAUGAUCCUCUGCAGAAACGACUACAUAAGGUUGUUUGGUAACAGCGGAGAGUGCAGGGCUUGUGGCCUGUCCAUUCCAGCUAAUGAAAUGGUCAUGAAGGCACAGGGCAGUGUCUUCCAUGUUAAGUGUUUUGUGUGUUCCACCUGCCACCAUCAGCUUGUUCCUGGUGAUCGUUUUCACUAUGUGAAUGGAAGCCUGUUCUGUGAACAUGAUAGACCCUCUGCAUCAGCUGCACACAUCAGUGACCAUCUGAGUUCUCUCCAGCACAAGAGCUUAUUGUCAGAUCAGAGGGUAUGUUAGGUAAAGAGGUGGAAGAUACCGAAUGGAGACUGUGUCUUAUUCUUUUACCAUCACAUGGGAAACAUAAGCGAGUGGAGACUGCCAACCUGCAAUCCAGUGUCUGUGAAACACAGUGUUAAAAUACUGAACAGGAACUGACAUACCUGUAGAUUAGAUAUAUGGUUCACACGGAUUCCAGGAAUCCAGAUGCCUGGAAGAACUACAAGAAAACUUCCAAACAAGAAGUACUUUUUUCUCUUUUAAUUGUUUGUAAUAACACUUUUGUACA